CGGCUGGCCCGGGUCAGCGCGGAGCCCCGGCGGCGAUGUCGCUGGUGUUGCUGAGCCUGGUCGCGCUGUGCAGGAUCGCCGUGGCCCGAGAGCCGACUGUUCAGUGUGGCUCUGAAACCGGGCCCUCUCCAGAGUGGAUGGUCCAACACACUCUGACGCCCGGAGACUUGAGGGACCUCCGAGUGGAACCUAUUAAAACCAGUGUUACAACAGAGGAUGAUUCAAUUUUGAUGAAUGUAAGCUGGAUACUCCGGGCAGAUGCCAGCAUCCGCUUGUUGAAGGCCACCAAGAUUUGCGUGACGGGCAAUAGCAACUUCCAGACCUACAGCUGUGUGAGGUGCAAUUACACAGAGGCCUUCCAGAGUCAGACCAGACCCUCUGGCGGCAAAUGGAUGUUCUCCUACGUGGGCUUUCCCGUGGAGCUGAGCACGCUCUACUUCAUUGGGGCCCACAACAUCCCCAAUGCAAACAUGAAUGAAGAUGGCCCUUCCAUGUCUGUGAACUUCACCUCACCAGGCUGCCUAGACCAUAUAAUGAAAUAUAAGAAAAAGUGCAUUGAGGCAGGAAGUCUGUGGGACCCAAACAUCACUGCUUGUAAGAAGAAUGAGACGACAGUAGAAGUGAAUUUUACAACCAGUCCCCUUGGAAACAGAUACAUGGCUCUUAUCCAGACUAGCAUGGUCAUUGGGUUUUCGGAUGUGGUGGAGAGCGAACUGAUGCGAACUUCCGUAGUGAUCCCGGUGACUGGGGAAAGUGAAGGUGCUGUGGUUCAGUUGACUCCGUAUUUCGCUACUUGUGGCAACGACUGCAUCCGGCGCAAAGGAACUGUUGUGCUUUGCCCACAGACAGGUGCUCCCCUCCCCCUGGAUAAGAACAGAGGCAUGUUAGGAGGCUGGCUGCCUCUCCUCCUCCCAUCUCUGCUGGUGGCCACAUGGGUGCUGGCGACUGGGAUCUACCUGACGUGGAGGCACGAAAGGAUCAAAACGACUUCCUCUUCUACCACAUUACUACCCAGCAUUAAGGUUCUCGUGGUUUACCCAUCUGAAAUAUGUUUCCAUCAUACAGUUUAUUACUUCACUGAAUUUCUUCAAAACCAUUGCAGAAGUGAGGUCAUCCUUGAAAAGUGGCAGAAAAAGAAAAUAGCAGAGAUGGGUCCAGUGCAGUGGCUUACCACUCAGAAGCAAGCAGCAGAUAAAGUCAUCUUCCUUCUCUCCAAUGACAUCAACGUGUGUGAUGGUACCUGUGGCAAGAACGAGGGCAGCCCCAGUGAGAACUCUCAAGACCUGUUCCCCCUUGCCUUUAACCUUUUUUGCAGCGAUCUAAGAAGCCAGACUCAUCUGCACAAAUACGUGGUGGUCUACUUCCAAGAGGCUGAUCCCAAAGAUGGCUACAGUGCUCUCAGUGUCUGCCCCAAGUACCACCUCAUGAAAGACGCCACCACUUUCUGCACAGAACUUCUCCAUGUCAAGCAGCAUGUGUCAGUGGGGAAAAGGUCACAAGCCUGCUACAGUGGCUGCUCUUCCUUGUAGCCCCCCCAUGAGCAGCAAGAGACCUUGAAGCCUUCCUUCAAGGUCAUCACCAAAAAUGCAUUUGUGAUAAACUUGAGGUAGACUGUACAGCCCGUAAGGGGUCUACUAGUUAAAACAUUUCAUGCCAAUAGAGGUCUUGUUACAAAUACUGCCAGGUGCUACAGCAUUAAGAAUUUGAACUAAAUCAGUAAUUCCAAAGCUAAAUCAGUUUUAUACCCACAAAUCAAGAAUAAUUAUAAUUGAAAACUAUAACCAAGCUGAUAAUGCAGUGAUAAAGCAUCUUCAAACCAAACAUCGGUCUUGCAAUGUAUGCACUGCAGAUAGUACUGUUUAGCUUUGUAAUAGUCUAAAUUUAAUUAAUGAAUACUAAAUUUAAGAAGGCCUCACUAAUUCACUCAGUAGCUUCUUAAGUGAAAGAUCUAUUACAUGUAAAAAUCUUUAUUUGUAAGAUAACAAAAGUAGGGAACAAACAAGUUGAACCCAUCUUUACUGACCAGAUGAUCUAGUGUCUAUGUACCUACUUGUAUUAUCUGGCAUUUACACAAGACCUUCCCUCUCUAAACCAGAUUUCAUGUCUUGAGUCUUGUACAGGUGACUUUUAAUGUGAACAACAAAAUACCUAUAAACCUGUUACCUACUUUUCCCAAAGUUAACUUCUAUUAACUGGCAAAAGUUCUCAGUUUCUUGGUUAUUAUGUAACCUUUUAUGUUGAAAAUAUAAAUAAUUCUUAAGUUGAAAGAC